GCAGAUGAUCAAGCGAUUGGCAGCUGGUGGCGCGAACCGUUGACAGGACUCCAAUUCAACUGGGAGAGUGCAACAACACAAUGGAGAGAGCAAUCAAACGGCCUGCGUCUUUCGAUGGAGAUGGCGUUGGCGAUGGGGAUCAGCCUGGUCGAAAGUCAACGCCACUGUCACUCACUCACCCAGUCAGUCCUCCCAUGAAGAAGCGUCGACUCGCAGAGGAUGCCGCUGGUCAAGCCGCAGUGCACUCCCAAACCUUCCGGUCCCCGUUCCAAUUGACCAGGAUCCGGGACCUGCCCCCAGAGCUCAAUAGGGAUACGAUUAGCCUCAAAGACAUCCUAGGUGACCCGCUCAUAUCAGAAUGUUGGGAAUUCAACUACCUUCAUGAUAUCGAUUUCCUCAUGAAUGCCUUUGAUGAGGAUGUCCGGGGCCUCGUUAAGGUUCACGUUGUCCACGGGUUCUGGAAGAAGGAGGACCCAAACCGGCUUGAACUGCAGAAUAUGGCAUCUCGGUAUUCCAACGUCAGCCUGCACUCUGCCUUUCUCCCCGAGAUGUUUGGUACUCACCACUCCAAGAUGAUGAUUCUACUUCGGCAUGAUGAUACGGCUCAGAUAGUCAUCCACACCGCCAACAUGAUUAUCCGCGACUGGACCAAUAUGACGCAGGCCGUCUGGCUCUCGCCGAGACUUCCUCUCAUGAAGUCCUCGCAGCAGGAGACCAGCCAGGAGCAUAGAGUUGGCAGCGGUGCCAAGUUCAAGAUGGACUUUUUGAACUACCUUCGGUCAUACGAUACCCGCCGCGUUACCUGCAGGCCCAUCAUUAGCCAGUUAGAGAAGUACGACUUUUCGGCUAUCAAAGGCUCUCUUAUUGCUAGCGUGCCGGGGAGGCAUAGCAUUCAUGACGAGUCACCUACAAGAUGGGGAUGGGCGGCUAUGGCACAGGCCCUCAAAGCGGUGCCCGUUAGCCCAGCCAAGUCCGAAGUUGCCGUCCAGGUUUCCUCCAUCGCUACCCUGGGCCCUACAGACAGCUGGCUGAAGAAUACCCUUUUUAAAGCUCUCGGCGGUGGGCGUGGCACUGGAUUGCAGACGCCAGAAUUCAAGGUAGUAUUCCCAACCGCGGACGAGAUCCGAAAAUCCCUAGAUGGGUACGCCUCUGGGGGCUCUAUCCACACCAAGAUUCAAUCCUCGCAGCAAAUGAAGCAGCUCCAAUACCUCAAGCCUAUAUUCUGCCACUGGGCGAACGACUCUGCGGAUGGCACAGACCUUGGGGAUGCCAUUAUAAAGGAAGCAGGCAGGAAACGCGCAGCCCCGCACAUCAAGACGUAUAUACGCUACGGAAACAUGUCAGACCAGACCAUCGACUGGGCGCUAGUGACCUCGGCGAACCUAUCCAAGCAGGCGUGGGGCGAGGCAGUCAACCAGGCAGGCGAGAUCCGGAUCUCAUCAUACGAGCUCGGGGUUCUUGUUUGGCCCGCUCUCUACGCCGAGGACGCGGUCAUGAAGGCAACGUUUCUGACCGACUCGCUCGCGGAAGCGGACAACAAGCCAGCGGUGGCGCUCCGGCUGCCUUAUAACCUCCCGCUGCAGCCAUACGGGAAGCAAGAGGUGCCAUGGGUUGCGACGGCCAAUCAUUCUGAGCCCGAUUGGAUGGGCCAGGUUUGGAAGCAUGAAUGAGGAGUGCGGAUGCUCCCCAGCUCGGCCGAGUCGCAGUUCUACGGAUGGAGCUAGCCCAUGGUUUAGCUGAACUGGGUUUGCAGCAUUCAAAUAUGAGCUAUGAAGAGAGAAUAAGCUUGCUCUGCCCGACAAUGGUCGCUCCCGUCCAUGCUUGCACCUCUCGCCUGCUUGGCCCACCACUCCGCACGUCUAUUGCCCGCCGACGGCUUCGGGCUCCUUGUUCGCGUCGUAGCCAUACUUGGUCUUCAUCUCCUCGAUCUUGGCAACGUACUUCUCCUGGGCCUGCUCGGCCGAGAUGCCUUCCUCGACAACCUUCUUCCAGGCGUUGUACUUGGCCUUGCCCU